CCCUCCCCGCUUUGGCAAAGCACACUGUUGUGAAAUGUGACUCUCUCCUGUAUCUCGAGUCUCUCGGUUGAGUCUGGCUGUGCGCUGCGAGACGCGGCGCUGAGGAAAGUGAGUGAAGCUGCUCAUCCAGCGCUUAAGUAGCGGAUAAAACUAGGAGGCUCGGCCGUGGGAAGCAGAGCAGAGCUGGGAGAGCUGAAGUGGACUCGCACCGCUGCCUGUUCCUGUCAGCAGAAAAGUUCCUCCAACACAACCCGAUGGCAACAGAACUGGCGUGCAGGUGAACAGUACCUGGCUGAGCCCGGCUGACUGGACGAUUCGUUUGACCCCAUCGCGCUUUCUUUUCCUUCGAGCAGCUGCUUCGAAUCACGACUUUUCGGCCGAGAGAGUUGCGUCGCUUUUCGUGAUGUCCAGGAAAAAGGCGUCGAAGGGCAAAGGCAGCAGCGGCAGUCCAUCUGCGGCCACUCCGGCCAAAGAGAGCGGCCGCUCGACCAGGAGCAGCCUGGUGCCCGGGGUGCAGGCCAACGGAGUGGUCCACCCUAGCCGACCUCCGGUCAGCAGCAGCAGCGAGUUUUAUGACAUCGCCUUCAAGGUGAUGCUGGUAGGGGACUCAGGGGUAGGGAAGACCUGUCUGCUGGUGCGCUUCAAAGACGGAGCCUUUCUGGCGGGCAGCUUCAUCUCUACGGUGGGCAUUGACUUCAGGAACAAAGUGCUCAACGUUGAUGGGGUGAAGGUCAAGCUCCAGAUCUGGGACACUGCAGGACAGGAGCGCUUCCGCAGUGUUACUCACGCCUACUACCGCGAUGCCCAUGCUCUGCUGCUCCUGUAUGACGUCACCAACAAAGCUUCUUUUGACAACAUUCGGGCCUGGCUAUCAGAGAUUCAUGAGUAUGCUCAGCAGGACGUGGUCCUGAUGCUGCUGGGGAAUAAGGCUGACGCUUCACAUGACAGAUCAGUCAGGAGAGAGGAGGGCGAGAGGCUGGCUAAGGAGUUUGGGGUGCCCUUCAUGGAGACAAGUGCUCGAUCCGGCCUCAAUGUGGAGCUGGCCUUCACUGCCAUAGCCAAAGAGCUGAAGCACAGGUCCAUGAAGGAGCCAGACGAGCCCAAGUUUAAACUGCAUGAGUACGUCAACAAGGAGAUGAAGACUGCAGGGUGCUGCAGGUCCUAAAGCUACAAGUGUGUGUGUGUGUGUGUGUGUGUGUGUGUGUGUGUGUGUGUGUGUGUGUGUGUGUGUAUCAGCGUGUACAAUACUGUACAAAUAUCAGAGACCACCCUUCACUUAUUUAAUUUCUAUUCAAAAUGGCCAGUAAGAGAAAACAACCAUGCAAGUAGACAACCAACUCUACCCCAUCAGAUAAUCAGUACUUAAAUCUUUCAAUUUGGGAAAAAGAAGAAAGUCAAGCUCUACUUUUACUUCAGGUCUGUCCAGCCUUCCACUGUAAAAAAAAAAAGACAAACUCAGCAGGUCAGAAGGGAUAAGUAACUGUUGAGAAGCUCUUACUGUGAAAAGGAAAGAGAUAAAAAAGAAAAAUAAAUGUACUGGUGUUCUCAGACUGAGCACUCCAGACUGAGCACUCCAGAGUUCAGACCUCAACGUCACUCAGUGUAUUUAAGGUCACUUGGAUGGUGAAAUGCAGAAAAAAGUGAACUUUAGAGGUUCUGUGGGAAAAUUUCCACCUUGCAAUACUUCCUUGAAAACCCAGAGCAAGUCUCCCAAAAGAAUGGAAGCUGUAAUAAAGGCAAAGGUGGACACACAAAAUGCUGAAAUGUUUUAGAUUAUAUUUGAGGCUUGUGCCUAAUUCCUCUAUUUUUUCUGACACCAAAAAAUGAAUAACUUGUACUUAACGGGCAUUUUGACUGGAAAUGAAAUAAAUGAAGUAUGAUGUCUGAGUUUUCAGUACUUUGCGUGCACCUGUGGUUCUCAUAACUAUGUUUACAUUUGUAUGAAUGCUUGCGUGAAUGUGUGAACACACUGUUAUCUGGCAGGCUGAAGAAGGUCAUGCGUCACACUGAGGCGUUUUGUCAGGUUAUUCUCACUCAACUAGGAAGGGGGCUGUCACAUGGCCUUGUUACAUCAUGUGUGUUUUUAAGUGUUUCCAAGCCUGUUAGAGCCAGGAAGAACUCCUGGGGACUCUAUUUUUUGCUCUAUUUCUCUCUCAACCUUCUGUUUCUGGAGAAGCACAAUUCUGCUCUAAUUCACCUUCCUCUCUGGCUGUGAAUGCACCCCACACCUUGGCCUUCACAUCACCCAAUCCCCUAACACUGGCUACAGAGCAGUGUGUCCAUGACCACAAAUGACUUCGACCACUUGGAUAAUAUCCAGAAACCCCUACCAGCUGCUAUGUAUUCAGCUCUCAUAGCAGAUAAAAAGUGAACUCUAAUAGCAAAGUGCUAGCUCAGCCGCAAACAAGUAGACCGAGUCCAACCCGGCCGGAUUAGUUUUACUUUGUUGGGAAAAGUGGGGAAUAGUGCUUUACAACAAAAUGAUUUCUGAUUACUGAGAUCUGUGAUAUUAAUCCAGUCAUAAUCUGCACUAUCCAUAUUUUUUACAAGUGAGAUACAUAUAUAUAUAUAUAUAUAUAUAUAUAUAUAUAUAUAUAUAUAAAUAGCCAUAAAUUCUAUUCAAGCUACAUUAGCUUUAACAGAGGAGGUCUGGUAAUGUAAUUUGAAUGGGCAGAUUAUGUGGCAUUAAAGUAUCGGUGUAAUUUCCCCAAAUGAAAACAUCAUAGCCCAGGUGUUCACAUCAGCUUUCCAGAAUAGCACUACCCUCUAUCACAACACUCACCAGAUCUUACCCAGCCAGACAGAAAUGGCUCUGCUUUGCGAGAGGCACUUAUAAGAUAUUUCAGUUUUAUUCUUCUAAUUAGACUAUUGCCAAAGAUAUUAUAGAUUACAGUAGUCUUGUUUUGAACAUGAGGAUAAAGGAACUGCGCCAGGUCAAGCUUCAUUUUUAGCAGUUAGUGUCUUGCAUUUGUGUUUUCUGUUAACAGGCUUCGUUAUCGUAUUACCUUGAGGUCGAUUCAAACUGGACUACUAUUACCCACAGGCCUCUGGGUUCAGCGUAAUAUAGAAGGUAAUUAGCUCUGGAAUUAUUAUUUAGCAGACUUGUAAAAGCUACAGCCACUGCAGGUUCAUAAUGGAUUAGCAUCACCUUUUCACUCAAAACACAACAUCUUCCUGAGUACAACAAAUCCAGGGCUUUAGCUUUCUGUGGGAAGGUCCAGUGAUUUAAACGAUUACCUACAAGAUUCAUGACGAAUCUGUGAAGUCCAGAGUUAUUACAGGUCUGAGAAGUAAUAAAUCUGGAGGGAACUUUCUUAAGAACUCCCUAAUAAAGUGACCUCGGCAGAGGCGUGAAUCGUGUUAAUGUUUUAGACGUGGCACCGCUGCGUAGUGCAGUCGUAGGCAUCCUCUGUGUGAAGUUUCAACCCAAGCUGUCUGUGAUCAUUUGGGAAACUUUCACGGGUGUUUGUCCCGAACUGGUCAGUCCAGUCCUACACAUUAGAUUACGAAUCCAACUAGUGCUUAAUGAGUCCAUUUCACAUGCUUGUUGUCUUUCAUUUUUCUAUGGACACUUUUCUUCUGCUCAGUACUGAAUGCUAUUAUUAAGGUGCUGCUGGUAGGCUGAUGUACCUCCAUACUAACACUUUCACAUGCAGCUCUUCCACAAAAGCUACUGACCAAUGGUAGGGUCAAGUAUAUACCAUGUAUUUUUUUUAGGAAUGAACUGAAAACCUGUUGUCUCAAGACUCACAAUAGAAACCAUUAAGCAGUUGUUGAAUUCUAUGAAUAAACAUGCUAAAUGUAUGACUACAUAUAUAACACACAGGGUGUUCUUAUGAAGUUCUGUCCACCUUUCAAACACUGGAGCAGCAGACCAGUUACAUUCGCUUUCAUGCACAUCAUGCAGGAGCCUGAAAACUCCAGACACUGCAACAUUUGCAUUGUAUGAUCAUAUUUUUUUCUUAUUUCUGAAAGAACACAUUAUACAGAUUUACAGCUUAAUUUACAAACACUUUUACUGACAGAAUUAAGUAACUGCUUAAUGGCUUUUAUAUAUUUAUACGAAUGAAGAGGUUUCUGUUCUUUUACUGAGUUCAGGGAAACACCGUUUUUUUGCUCAUGGUAACUGACUGUACACUAUAGACAGCAGAUAGAGUUGAGUUUGAAUAAGGAACAGUGUGAGAUUCAGUCUGAACCUCUGCCAAACGUCUGCAGUGCUCUCUCUCUCUCUCACACACAAACGUGUGCAAUGCAGUUGGUCCACAUUCCAUCAACUCCAUAGUGACAAGCGGCCAGAAGUGGCCAUUCGCCAUGAAGCAUUGAGGGCAUUCUGAGCCAUCCGUUUUCUGUCCACUGGGUUUAGGCAACAUCACAUGAUAAAUUAAGAGGGGUCCGUUUUGGAGCAUGACCAAGGGGGAGAUAACUGUCAUUGCGGUUUUACAGAGACCAUCACAGCCAUGUUUGGACACCAGCAUUUAAUCAGAAUAAAAGGCAUUUUCUCCAAAGCUUCCAUUCUGGAGCUUUGUUUCUUUAACGUGUUAAAGCUAGAAUCUUGUUUUUGGCUUGCUGAAGACAUUAAUCAUCAGUUAAAUCUGAUGUUUACUUUUUUUUCUUUUUUUUAACAUAAGUAUAUUUUAACUGGUUUCCAUGUAAUUUAGCUCGAAAAAAUCCCGAUUAUAGCUUUAACAAAACAGGAAGCCAUUCUUUUUGUCCUUUGUUUGAAUACAAUAAUUCAAGAAAUAUAAAUGUUAACAGUUAAAGCUAUAUUAUGGAUGAACAUGGUACACUGCAGAAUUCUUAUUUUCGAAAGCGGCGUGUGCAUUUUUCUAUCUAUCGUUUGCGUUUUAUGUCUGUACACAAAUGUUUACUAAGUUGAAGGGGUUUUAUGUCUUAGUGCUGUAAUAAAUCUACUCCGCCAAGUCGAGUAAAUGUAGUGUGUAGAUGAACCCCAAUAUGUACUUUACUGAAAUACUGAAUAAAAAGUCAUACAAAAAAAAUCAUCUAAAAUAAUGUCUGAAGAUUUGCAAACAAGCGUGUUAGUACUUUGUCAUUUUGUAAACCAUUGUGUAAAGUGUUGUACAGGGACUUAAAAAGAGAAAAAUGUACAUUUAGUAAGGAAUCUGGUACAUUUAUCUGAAUUUUAUCAGCGUCUGACUCUUUGGAAUGUACAGUGCAUAUGGAACCUCUAUACACCUCUAUAUGAGACAUGUGUUUUUUGGCUCAAACAUUAAAAUUUGAGAAUAAAUGAUAUGAAUUAAA